AUGAUGCUGGGUUUGAAGCUCCAGUUGUCGUCAACUAUCGAAAUUGUUGAUAGAAUUACAUUUACUUCAUAUGAAUUAAUAGGGAAGACAGGCCUGGCCUUGAAUAUCGUCCCACAAAGAUUUGAUUCCACAGAACCCCUCCAAUCUCAGUGGCUGAAGCUCUUUGAACUUCCUUCGUCCAUCCAUGGAAGAUUCAAAAAAAAAAAGAACCCAGGGGAGAUCCUUGUCAAAAUAUGUUUGGAGGCUGGUUACCAUGUUUACAACGGACAUCAUGGUGACUUUCAGCCUUCAGCAAAUCAUAUGAAGAAAGAAAGCAUCGGGAGUCUCCAAUUAACAAUUUUGGGUGCACGAGGGUUACCACCAAUGAAGAAACAAACAGAUGGUGGAAGUGGAACUACAGAUGCUUAUUGUGUAGCCGUCUAUGGAAACAAAUGGGUACGAACUACAACCAUUAUCAACAGUCAAGAGCCUUUUUGGAAUGAGCACUGUUCUUGGGAAAUAUAUGAUCCUUGUACUGUAAUCAAGAUUGGCAUUUUUGAUGAUAGCAUGAAACACACCAGUGAUGAUAUAAGGAUUGGUAGAGUGUUUAUUCAGCUACAGACUCUGGAAUUAAGCUCUCUGUGUAGAUGGUUUGAUGAGAUUUGUCGAUGGAGGAAUCCGUUGAAAACAAUUUUCAUCCAUGUCUUGUAUCUUGUGUUCAUUUUGUACCCAAAGCUCAUACUGCCUUCGUUCUUUCUAUCCUUGUCCAUGAUUGGGUUGUGGAACUACAGACUCAUACCAAUAAACCCGCCUCGCCUGGAUGCUCGUCUUUCACUGGCAGAAAAAACAGAUCUUGAUUAUCUGGAUGAGGAAUUUGACACUUUCCCAACAUCUCAAAAGAUUGAUAUAGUGAAAAGGAGGUAUGAUCAAUUAAGAAGAAUUCACGGAAGGUAUCAAACAGUAUAUGGAGAUAUUGCGACACUAGGCGAGAAAGUGAUGGCUAUAUUUACCUGUGCAGAUUUAAGGGCUACAUCAAUCUUCACAAUAAUCGCAUUUGUCGGGGUUAUCUUCAUCUAUAUGGCUUCAUUUAAAUUGGUGGCGAUUUUAUUGGGACUUUACUGGCUGCGUCAUCCAUGUCUUAGAAGCAAAAACCCUUCAAUACUAAACUGCCAGCAGAUAAUGGCCUAA